AUGACUUCUCAGGAAGAGGUACAAGAGACAAAUCCCACUACUGGAAGUCUUGAAAUCAUCUCUAUUACGGAAGAUGAACCGCCAGUACCAGAAGUUCAGUUUUCCUUCAAAAGAUUUUUCUUCAUACCACAAGCAAAAGUGGACCCCAGUGCAGAUGGAUCUGGAGAUAUCGAACCACCUUCAAUAUGCCAUGCUUUUAUCUCCCUAAAAUACUUUCCAUAUAUCUGUGGUUUAUUCCUUGCAGUAAUCUUAACAGUCGCCAUUGGCCUGGGUGUCCAAUACAACUGCAUUGGGAAGUUUCGCUGCCGAUCAUCCUUUAAGUGUAUCCAGAAAUCAGCCAGGUGCAACGGUGUCUUCAACUGUAAAGAAGGGGAGGAUGAGUAUGGAUGUGUCCGGUUGAGUGGCAAGAAAGCGGUGCUGCAAGUGUUCACUUCUGGGUCCUGGCGAACAGUCUGCUCUGACGACUGGAAAGCGGAGUAUGGAAAUACUACCUGCAAACACCUGGGUUUCUCAAGUUAUGUGAGUUCAGGUUACCUGCCUGUGGCUGCAGUCGAAAAACAGUUUCAAAGACAUUUCGUGUCCCUCAGCCACUGGUUAUCAGCUGCUCAAGCGACAUCCCUGCACAACGCAACAAACCUCAGAGAGGAAUGUGCUUCUGGCAAUGUGAUCAUCUUAAAAUGCUUGGCAUGUGGUACCCGGGCCAGCUACGGGCCACGGAUCGUGGGGGGCAAUGCGUCCUCCCCCCGGCAGUGGCCCUGGCAGGUCAGCCUGCAGUUCCAUGGGCACCACCUCUGCGGAGGGUCCGUCAUCACCCCACGCUGGAUCAUCACAGCCGCCCACUGUGUCUACGACCUGUACUUGCCGAGCUCAUGGAGUGUGCAGGUUGGUUUUGUGACUCAGCAAGACACCCAGGUUCACCCCUAUUCAGUGGAAAAAAUUAUAUACCAUCGAAACUAUAAACCCAAGACGAUGGGAAAUGAUAUAGCACUGAUGAAACUGGCGGCACCUCUUGCUCUCAAUGGUCACAUAGAACCAAUUUGUCUGCCUAAUUUUGGUGAACAGUUCCCAGAAGGAAAAAUGUGUUGGGUAUCAGGAUGGGGAGCAACUGUGGAAGGAGGUGAUACAUCUGACACCAUGAAUUAUGCAGGUGUUCCUCUGAUAUCUAAUGCAAUUUGCAAUCACAGGGAUGUCUACGGUGGGAUCAUAACUCCUUCAAUGCUUUGUGCUGGGUUCCUAAAGGGAGGGGUAGACACCUGCCAGGGAGAUAGUGGGGGCCCUUUAGCAUGCGAAGAUAUGAGUGUCUGGAAGUUGGUGGGGACCACCAGCUUCGGUGUGGGCUGUGCAGAAAAGAACAAGCCGGGCGUCUACAGCCGAACCACCUCCUUCCUGGACUGGAUACACGAGCAGAUGGAGAGAGAAGAACUGCAGACCUGAGGAGAGUGGCGACGUGCUGGGCUUCUGAAAACUCACAUCACGCUCCAGCGCCACAGAAGGACCCAUCACAUUCUUCUGGACAUCUGCUCUGAGCUUUGUACCUUCACAG